AUGGACAUACAAAGAAAAAUUAAAAAAUGCAUAACUUUAAAAAGAAAAUUAAAGAAUCCAAAAGGAUGUCUUACAAAUCUUAAGAAUAAGAUUAUAAAAUGUAACGUAAAGGAUUUUCAAAGUACAAGGAAUAGAUAUUUUUUUAAUAUAUUCGAGAAAAUAAUAAAGAGAUAUAUAUUUAAUAAUGUAAUGAAUACUAAUAGAACAAAUAAUUUUGGUAUAGAAAAUAUAUCAUGUACACAAUAUGAUAAGAUAAAAAAUAUUCCUUAUACAUGUCAUAAUAUAAAAUAUGAUAUACAUAGUUGUAAUAAUAAACAUAUAUAUGAUAACAAUUCUUAUAAUAUAAUAAAAAAAAAUAAUAUGGAUCUUUCUUCUUUUUUAAAAAAUAUUAUUUUUAAUAUAAAUUAUUUGUUAUACCUAUUUAAUAAAAACAAUCGCAUUUAUUUUGAUUUACACGUCUUAUUUAAAAAUGAUUUAUUAUUACAAAGAAAUAUAAAUAUAUCCUAUGAAAGCAAUAUAGAUAAUAUGUCUAGGGAGGGGGUACAUCAUAAAAGAGACAUAUUAAUUAAUACACAAUGUUUAUAUAAUAUUAAUGAUUUGUUUGCUUUGUUUAUAUUUUAUGUUCAUAUUAAGAGAUUUUAUUUCGACUUUUUUUUUACAAUUCUUAAAAACAUUAAUGAUAUGGAAAGUACAAAUGAUUAUAAAAAUGUAUGUUAUAUGAACAACAUACAUAAGGAACAUAUUUAUCAUAUUUUUCCACACAAAAAUUAUUAUAACAUCCAAAAUAUGAACAGUGAAUAUUGCCUAAAAUUUUUAAAAGCUUGUAUACAAUUAAAAAAUAUCAUCUCCAAUAUUGUAAAUAUAAAUAAGAAAAAAAAAGAAAAAAAUGUUACAAACCAUCAGAAUAAUAUCCGAACAUGUCGUAUUAAUUAUUUUGUAUUUAUUAAAAAUGCCAUAUUUAAAAAAUGCAAAAUUAUAAAAAAGAAAGAAAAAAAAAAAAAAAAAAACGACGAACAAAUAUAUAUUAAAGCAUACAUCCAUAAUAGUGUGUAUACAAAUAUUUUUAAGGACAUGUUAUUGCACAACAUAAAGAUAGAGAGAAAAAAAAAAAAAAUAAAUAAUAAUAAUAAAAUAAUAAAUAAUAAAAUAAUAAAUAAAAAUAUAAUUGAAUUAUUUAAUAAUAAUAUAAUAAGGAAAAAAUAUAUUCAUUUUUUUUUUUUAAAAAAACAAAAAUAUAAAAAUAUGACGUACCAUAAGUUUAAAAAGAGAAAAGAUAUGAACACAUUAAUAAUGUGUGAUAAAUAUAUAAAUAAAUCCAUAUGCUUAUUUUUAAAUAAUUUUCAAGACUCUUCUAUUUUUAUAAAGUAUAUGAAAAUUAUUAAAAAGGCAAACAUAAUAAAUUAUUUAUAUGAUGAUCAUGUUUUUAUUAAGUCAUUAAUGAAAUGUGUUAAAAAGAAUUGUGCUUAUUUCACAGGACAGGAUUUGAUAUUUAUAUAUAAAUGGAAAACACAUAUGAAUAAUUUGGAUAAUAUAAAUCAACAUAAUAAUAAAUAUAAAAAUAAACAUAAUAACAAUAUGUAUAUUAAAACAGACAAGGUAAAAGAUAACAAUGUCCUAUUUCCCUUCUCUCUUAUAAAAGAUGAUAUUUUUCGACACAUUGAAGAUUACCAUUUUCAUCAUAUAAAAGAUAUUAUAUAUAUAUGUUACAAAAACAAAUUGUAUGAAUAUAAAUUAUUCCAUAAAAUUAUUAACCAUUUAAUAAACAAUAUAAACAAAAUAUGUUCUAAAUAUUUAGUCACAAUAAUUAUACUUUUGUAUAACAAACUAAAUUGUAAAACUCAGUUAAAAGAACUGUUAUUCAUCUUAUUAAAUAAUUAUAGACCAUCCUUAAAACAAAGAAAUAAAAGAAAUAAUAUAUCAAUAAAUAAUAUCUAUUUAAAAAAUAUAAAUAAAAAAUAUAUUAAAAAAAAAAAAAAAAAAAAAAAAUAUAUAUAUAUUUAUACUAUAUGCAAAAAAAAAAAUAAUGUUGGUAAUAUACACAAACAUAAUGUUAUGAUGACAUCUAAUCAUAACAAUAUUCUAUUUAGAUCCUUUGAGUAUGUAAAAGUACACAAAUUAUUAUUAUUUAUAAAUAUUUUAAUAAAAAGUAAUAUAUAUAUUAAUUAUGAAUGGUCCCUUUAUUUUUUAUCUUUGAUUAAACAGAAACAUGCUUUUAUAAAAAAGAAAGGGUUCUAUAUAUUAUGUUAUAUAUUAUUUCAUAUACAAAAUAAUCAUAUAAUAUAUAAGUCUUAUGAGCAUAUUUUCAAUCCUUAUAAUAAAUAUAAUAUAUAUAAUAUAUAUAAUAUAAUAAAAUGUACUCUACCUCAAAUUUUAGGUACAUCAAAUAUAUAUUCAUUAAUAUAUGUAGCCUUUCUAUAUAGCACUAAUAACACAAUCAAUUUUAUAAAAAUAUUUUUUACAAUAAUCCAAAAAUUUUAUGAUUCUUCUAUGAUCAAACAAAUACAAAAUGACAAAAAUAAUUAUCAACAUAUAUCAUGUCAUAAUUAUAGUCCUAAGAAGGAUAAUUCAGAAUAUUAUAUACCAGAUGAUCAUAACAAGUUAUUAUAUAAUUACUCUUAUAAUCAACUAUAUGAAAAGAAUCAUUUUAAUGAUGACAAUAUUUUUAUACAUGAUUUAAAAAUUUAUGAAAGAAAUAUUAAUAAUAAAUAUCAAAAAAUAAAAGAUAAAAAAAAAAUAUAUGCAUUCAAAAAUAAAAUUAAUUUAAUAAAUAUACCAUUAAUAUGUAAUAAUGUAAAAGAACAUUUCUCAUUUAAUCCAUAUGUCAAUAAUAUAAAAUAUCAAACACGAACACCCGAAAAUAUUUCCAAAUUAAUGUAUAUAAAUAAUUCACAAGAAUUUCAAAAUACACAGAAAGAUAAUUUUCCACAUAUAUUAAAUUAUUCUCUAUACACACAUAUCAAAAAUAAUCCUAUAAAAAAAAAUCAAACAAAUAAUCUUUAUAUUAAAAAUGAUUAUUAUAAUCAACAAGAAAAAGAAAUAGACAAGUCAUGUAUAAAUAAUAAAUUUGAAACUAUCAAUAAUUAUUAUAAUAUAUAUACACAUAACCUUUUUAAUCGUGUUCAUAAAUCUCGUUUAAUACUUAUACUUAUAUAUCAUUUUUUAUUUAUUAUUAGUUCAAAUAAUUUACAUAAUAAUAACAACAACAUAAUAUAUAAUAAUAUUAAUAAUAUUCAAAAAUCAAAUUCUGUCAAUACAAAUUUUACAAAUAUAAAAGAAGAUUCUCUCUUAUAUAAAAUAAAAAAUAAAUAUCUUUUCUUGUUGUAUCAAACAUAUAUGAUAUGUAUAUCUUAUAUAAACAUGUCAUUAAAAAUAACCAAAAAUAUGAAUAAUAAUAAGAACGCCCAGUCGUCAAAAAUGCACAAACAAAUAUUCUCCCACAUAUCGGAACUUGUACAAAAUAAAGAUAAAUACCAUAUGGUAAAUGAAUAUGCGCACUAUCCUUAUGAGAUAGACAUAUGUAUAAAAAGGCUCAUCACAAAAAAUAAAUAA